AUGACAUUUAGACUCAUAAUGGUCGACCCUAGCCCUUCUAGUAAAGAACAUCUCGAUUUCUCAACUGAAAAACCUGAAUCAGUGAAGCAGCAUGAUGCUCGUGGCUCAAGUAAAAGACGUAAAGACUUAUCCGUUGUCAUGCAUACUUUUGAAAAGGGCAGGGUUGAAAAGGUUUCCCCACCCUGCCGAGGGAUUUGCACCAAGAAAAAGAACCAUAAAAAUGCUGCCGCCGCAAAGCCUUCUGAGAAACGUUGCAAGAAAUUAGAAGGGGUUCAAGAUGAGGAAAAGAUGAACUCCAGUUGCGUUAUCCCACCAAAGCCACUUACUUUCGUUACUUCUGUUGCUAGUGAUUACUCACUGGAGUAUGCUAAUGCGUGGCAGUCCUCUCUUGAGUUUAAUAGCAAGAAAGCACAACGGCCUCUAUUUCGAAUCACGAAAUACAAGGGAAGGAAGGGCUGCGAGAAAGUGGAAAGCUCCACUGAGCUUCUCGGGACAAUCGACCCAAACUUUUGCUUUUCUUACAACUCUCUCAACAGUUCAAAGGAGAAAGGCGCGAAAACCCCUCCUAUGAACUUUAGUACAGCUCCCGUAUUCAAAGUUCUUCUCAAUGAUCGGUAG